CGAGGUGGGAAAGAUAAGUGGAUAAAAGAAAACGGAGGAAAUUGUGACGUAAGAUAUAUUACCGGUUAAAACAUCGCCUCUAACCCAGGGAAAAAUGGAAUCAGCCGGUCAUUAUUAGAGGAGUAUAGUCUCUCCAAAAGUCCAAAGAUUCAACCUUGCAUAGCCAUUGAAGAAAGUAAUCUUUCUGCAACAAAGUUCCAUGUUUUCAUGUUUAUGAUUCCUCACAAAAUUGAAAAAAUUCAUCAAAUCCCCAAUUUUUGAGGGUUCUAUAUUUUAAUUCGAAAUGCCAGCAAUUGUAGAUAGACCACUAAUUCACACCUCAAAUCCUUGCUAUAAACCCAGUUAUUACUGCCAUGGAUUGAGCUAUUUCUGUUGUCCAUCUUCUUAUUCUAGGGUUUCCAUCCCCAAUUUCAUUCGCAAUUCUUCAACACCUUCUCGAUUACUUAACAAUUCGUAUCGGCAAUUUAGGGUUUCGAUUUCUAGGGAGUUAUGCAACUCCUCUAAUGCAUGGAAGAGCAUUAGUAAUUCCAGAAUUCGAGCUAAUGGUUCUUGCGAGCAAGAUACCGAUUCUUCUACACCCGGUUCUUCUUCGUCGGAGAAAAACGACCCGAAACAGGGGAGCAAAGGAGGGUCGAAUUCCAGCAACUCGUCGCAACCGUCUUCUUCUUCGCCGAGGAGAGAGAAAGAGGGGAAGAGCUGGUUUAAAGGUUCUGGGGGAAAAUGGCGGUGGCAGCCAUUGAUUCAAGCUCAAGAAAUUGGAGUUUUGCUUUUGCAAUUAGGGAUUGUGAUGUUUGUUAUGAGGCUUCUUAGGCCGGGGAUUCCGUUACCGGGGUCCGAACCUAGGCCUCAGACGACGUUUAAAAGCGUAACUUAUAGUGAGUUCUUGAGUAAGAUUAAUGGGAAUCAGGUUCAAAAGGUUGAGAUUGAUGGAGUUCAUAUAAUGUUUAAGUUGAAGAAUGAAGGGGGAAGUGGUGUUUCGGAGGGUGCAAUGAGGGGCAAUGAGAGUAAUUUGCAGGAUUCAGAGUCGUUGCUGUUGAGGAGCGUGGCACCUACGAAGAGGAUUGUUUAUACUACAACUAGACCAGUUGAUAUCAAGACCCCUUAUGAGAAAAUGCUUGAGAAUCAUGUUGAAUUUGGUUCACCAGAUAAGCGAUCAGGCGGGUUUUUAAAUUCAGCAUUGAUAACCUUGUUCUAUGUUGCUGUUCUAGCUGGACUUCUCCAGCGAUUUCCAGUUAAUUUUUCACAGAAUACAGCCGGUCAGCUUAGAAAUCGUAAAUCUGGGAGUUCCGGUGGUACAAAAGUAUCCGAGCAAGGAGAAACCGUUACUUUUGCGGACGUGGCAGGUGUUGAUGAGGCUAAGGAAGAAUUAGAAGAAAUUGUGGAAUUCCUAAGGAAUCCAGAUAGGUAUGAACGACUUGGAGCACGUCCUCCUCGUGGUGUUUUACUGGUUGGUCUCCCAGGGACUGGAAAGACUCUUUUGGCAAAGGCUGUUGCCGGGGAAGCAGAAGUUCCAUUUAUUAGUUGUUCUGCUAGUGAAUUUGUUGAACUCUAUGUUGGCAUGGGAGCAUCGCGAGUGCGAGAUCUUUUUGCUCGAGCGAAGAAAGAGGCGCCAUCAAUCAUAUUUAUCGACGAGAUAGAUGCAGUUGCAAAAAGUCGUGAUGGAAAAUUUCGCAUUGUGAGCAAUGAUGAGCGAGAGCAGACAUUAAACCAGCUGCUAACCGAGAUGGAUGGAUUUGACAGCAAUUCUGCUGUAAUCGUUCUUGGAGCAACUAAUCGUGCCGAUGUCUUAGAUCCCGCUCUUCGUAGGCCCGGUAGAUUUGAUCGAGUGGUUAUGGUGGAAACGCCUGAUAAGAUUGGAAGGGAAUCUAUACUUAAAGUGCAUGUUUCGAAGAAAGAACUCCCUCUUGGUGGUGAUGUUGAUCUUAGUGAUAUUGCGCGUAUGACUACGGGUUUCACAGGGGCAGACCUUGCUAAUUUGGUAAAUGAAGCUGCCCUGUUGGCUGGUAGACUAAAUAAAGCUGUUGUGGAGAGAUUAGAUUUUAUACAAGCAGUGGAGCGUUCAAUAGCUGGAAUAGAGAAGAAAACCGCCAAAUUACAGGGGAUUGAGAAGGCUGUGGUUGCACGUCAUGAAGCUGGGCAUGCAGUGGUAGGGACGGCUGUUGCAAACCUUCUUUCAGGACAACCUCGGGUUGAGAAGUUGAGUAUAUUGCCAAGGUCUGGAGGUGCAUUGGGCUUUACUUACACCCCUCCCACAAACGAGGACAGAUACCUUCUUUUUGUGGAUGAGCUGCGUGGACGACUAGUUACACUUCUUGGAGGGCGUGCUGCAGAAGAAGUUAGUUAUGCAGGACGUGUUUCAACAGGUGCACUUGAUGAUAUUAGGAGAGCAACUGAUAUGGCAUACAAAGCAAUAGCAGAGUAUGGCCUUAGCCAAACUUUUGGCCCAGUAUCUUUAUCUACACUAUCUAGUGGUGGGAUCGAUGAUUCGGGGGCAGCUCCUUGGGGAAGGGAUCAGGGACAUCUUGUUGAUAUUGUUCAAGGAGAGGUGAAAGCACUCCUGCAGUCAGCACUUGAGGUGGCAUUAUGUGUUCUACGUGCAAACCCAAGUGUUUUGGAAGGUCUGGGUGCUCAUUUAGAAGAGAAAGAGAAGGUAGAAGGCGAGGAUCUACAGGAGUGGUUAAAAUUGGUGGUUGCACCAGCUGAACUGUCGGUCUUUGUUCAAGACAAGCAAGAGGCGUUUCUCCAAUUACAACGAGCUCCUGAAUGAAAGCUUUAUAGCUUGUUAUUUGGCAUCGGACAUUCUAGGAGAUACUUAUUUACUGUUUUAUCCUAUCCUGUAUACAGUAUACACCCUUUGUUCUGAUUUCAGGGAAGCGCAUAUUUCAGCUUAAUCUUUAUCCCUGACAGCAACUUACCACUUUUGACAAUCAAAGAGGUGAUGAUAAUGGAAGAUUUGAAGCACUGCGUAGAUACUAGAUAAUCAAGGGGUGAAACAAAAUCUACUGGGACAGUGCUUGAAAUCACAAGAAAGAUGUCAGCUUUGUAUAAUAUCGAAAUUCUUCUGUACAUUUAAUCAUUAUUUCAGGAAAUAUAUAGUCAUUGUAACUUUUGGUUAUUUCAUUUGUAUAUACCUCUGCCUCCAUCCAUGGAAAUAUUAAUCACAAAUCAGUUUCACUUC